AUGGCAGAUGUCAAUUUCACAUUUGUUACUGAGUUUAUCCUUAUGGGACUAACAUAUCAUGAAGAACUCAAAGUGGUUCUCUUCAUCUUGUUCCUAUUGAUCUAUGUCAUCUCCUUGGUGGGGAAUUUAGGAAUGUUCUUUCUGAUCUACAUAACUCCUAAACUCCACACACCAAUGUACCACUUCCUUAGGUCUCUAUCAUUUGUGGAUGCAUGGUAUUCCUCAGUAUUUGCACCCAUAAUGCUGAUGAACUUCUUUGUUGAGAAAGAGACUAUCUCAUUAUCUGCAUGCAUUGUACAAUAUUUUUUGUUUGCACUGUUGGUUACCACAGAAGGAUUUUUGCUGGCUGCAAUGGCUUAUGACCGUUAUGUGGCCAUUGUAAACCCUUUAAUUUAUACAGUGGCCAUGACUAAAAUGGUUUGUGUUGGGCUGGUGCUUGCUUCAUUCCUAGGAGGUCUAAUCAACUCAUUGACACAUACAAUUGGAUUAAUGAAGCUGUCCUUUUGUGGUCCAAAUGUCAUCAACCACUUCUUCUGUGACCUUCCUCCCUUGUUGAAGCUGUCCUGUUCUGAUGCCUCAAUGAAUGAAUUCUUGCUUUUGAUCUUCUCUGGAGUCAUUGCCAUGACUACACUCUUAAUUGUGCUAGUCUCCUACUUCUUCAUUGUUGUUGCUAUCCUGAGGAUCCGCUCAGCAGCUGGGAGACACAAGGCUUUCUCCACCUGUGCUUCACAUCUGACAGCUGUGACUUUAUUAUAUGGCUCAGUAAGCUUCAGUUAUAUUCAGCCAAGCUCUCAAUACUCCUUAGAACAAGAGAAGGUUGUAUCUGUAUUUUACACCCUGGUGGUCCCCAUGUUAAAUCCACUGAUUUAUAGCUUAAGGAACAAAGAAGUCAAAGAUGCUGUGAAAAGGGCCAUGCAGAUGAAAUGCUUCCCUUGUUGA